CUGUUAAAUACCUAUACCGAGGCUCAUCUGUGCGAUAAAGAAAAGUUGAUAUCUCUGUUGAAAUUAGAAAAAGAUCACGCUAAUUUAUGUGUAUAAUAAGAGUCCAUUUAAGAUGUCACGUUAGCAUGUUGCACAGAGAGCAUAUACGAGUUUCAUCUAAUAAAAGAUAUUAUUAUCAUUGUUCAAAUCGAUUGUAAGUUUUGAUAAUUUCAGUGUCUCAAGUAUUUUCUAUUGAUAAUUGUGAAUGAUUAACGAUAAAAUCCAGAUAAAGAAAGAAAGAAAUCAAUAACUAUAUACAUACACGUAGGAGGCUAAAAAAAAGUAAAUAACUUUUUCGGCGGUAAACACAGUUAGAUAAAAGAUGUACGUGAGCCUAUUUGUUUAAAUGUGUGUGAUUGGAAUUAAUAUAAUCAGGAAUUUGUGCAAUCAAAUUUUCUUUUUGUGAUGUUCCCCCACUCUAAUGCGCUCACUUAUAGUUCGUUGAUAGAAACAGCAAAGCACAACAGAGAGAGAGCAACAGAAUAUAAUAGUGUAGAACUUGGUCUGGCACGAUCCAGCACAGUCGGCACGGACACACAUCAAGUGGAGGGCUGGUACCUGCCUAAGUAACCAUUAAUUCAUACACUUUUUACCAUUUAAAAAAAUAACUUACAAUAAAACAUUAUGUUAAAUACAUGAUGUUAUUAAAUAAUUGAAGAAAAAAAUGUACAUACCAUAUGCCAUAAUUGGUCAUAUUGUAUAUACAACAUAGUGCAAGUAGUAUCAUUAUUGAAAUUCAUACACGGGGUUAGCGCUCUAAGUCUUAAAGAUGACCAUAAUUGUCUUUCUCAUCGACACUUCAGCCUCCAUGAAUCAGAGGGCAUAUUUAGGAGGACGCCCGACUCUUCUUGACGUUGCUAAGAGCGCAGUUGAGACUUUUGUUAAGGUGAGACAGAGGUCACCAGAAAGUCGUGGAGACAGAUAUAUGCUGUUGACUUUUGAGGAUCCUCCUCAAAAUAUAAAAGCAGGAUGGAAAGAAAAUCUUGCUACAUUUAUGAAUGAAUUAAAAAACCUUCAAUGUGUUGGUUUAACUACUUUAGGAGCUGCUUUGAAACAUGCUCUAGAUGUUUUAAAUAUUAAUCGAAUGCAAACGGGUAUUGAUACUUAUGGACAAGGAAGAUGUCCAUUUUAUUUAGAACCGUCAGUCAUUGUUCUAAUUACUGAUGGAGGAAAGUAUACGACAACUCUUGGAGUUCAACAAGAGUUUACUCUACCUAUGCAUUCACCAAUUCCUGGUUCUGAACUGACCAAAGAACCAUUUAGAUGGGAUCAAAGAUUAUUUUCACUUGUUCUGAGGCUUUCAGGAACACCUGCAGUUGACAGAGAUACUGGUUUGGUAGCUAGUGAUGCUUCGCCAAUAGAUGCUAUGUGCGAAGUUACUGGAGGUCGUUCCUACUGCAUCACAUCACAUAGAAUGAUGAUGCAAUGUAUAGAUUCAUUGGUACAAAAAGUUCAAUCAGGUGUAGUAAUAAAUUUCGAAAAAAUAGGCCCAGAUCCACCACCGUUGCCAAAUGAAAUAAUUCCUCAACAGCAACAAACUCAAUCUCAGCAACCAAUGCAACAACAAUCAACGGUUCAACAGGAGGAUGAAGAUAAUGAUGAUGAAAAUUCAUCAACUACAGCGAAUGGAGUAAAAUCGCAAUAUUUACCAACGCCAACAAUUGUAGGAAAUACUGCAUGGCAUUCAUGUAGAAGACUCAUCUAUGUUCCACGUUCAGCUCAAAAAGGUUUUGCUGUUGGUUUUUGGCCGAUACCUGAAAGUUUUUGGCCAGAUUUAAGUGCAAGCUCUCUACCACCAAGAUCGGCACAUCCAAAUGUCAAGUUUACUUGCACAAGUCAAGAACCAAUGGUGAUAGAAAAUCUUCCUUUCGAUAAAUACGAAUUAGAACCAAGUCCUUUAACACAAUAUAUAUUGGCUAGAAAACAGCCAACCACUUGUUGGCAGGUUUUCGUAGCAAAUUCUUACAAAUCUAGUGAUGUUGGUCAUCCCUUUGGAUAUUUAAAAGCUAGUACAAAUCUUACUUGUGUUAAUUUGUUUGUAAUGCCUUAUAACUAUCCUGUGUUAUUACCUUUAUUAGAAGAACUCUUUAAAGUUUCGAGAUUGAAACCGACUAAUGAAUGGAGAGCUCAAUUUCAAAAUUAUAUGAGAACUAUGCCAACUUAUUACGCAGCUUCAUUGAGAAGAGCUUUAACGAGAAUGGGAGCACCUGCACCUUUAGCUCAAACUCUUAUACCAGAUAGUAUGGACAAUUCUCUAUCUUACAGUGUAUUAAAUUAUCUAAAACGAUUAAAAAAUCAAGCUAAAAUAGAAUUUGAUCGUUUAUGUAAUGAAGUUAUUUCAAAGCAAGUUGCAAAUGCUCAUGCUAAUAAAUUCUUGGUUAAUGGAACAACAUCAGUAACAGAAGGGGUUCGUGUUAUUCCAAGAAGUCCUUUGAAAAAAGAUUUAGUUUCACAUCCAUUACUUCAGGACAAAUUUACUGGACUUCGUGAUCAAUUGAAUGAAUUUGGUGGUUUUGUUGUUGGUCUUGUAAGAAAUCAACAACAACAGCGUGGCGCACACAGUUAUAGAAAUGCUUUUGAUGUACCAAGAAAAAGUUUAUUGGAUCAAGUUGUUAGAAUGAGAGCGAAUUUUCUACAACCUGGACUGGUACAUACCAAGUUAUUGGAUGAUGAUUUUGUGCAUUCUAUGCCUGUAGCACAAAUGGGUAAUUAUCAAGAGUAUCUAAAACGAAUGACGCCGCCUUUAAGAGAAAUCGAAAGUACACCAGUACGACAACACAUGUUUGGGAAUCCAUUUAAAAUUGAUAAGAGAAUGAUGGUGGAUGAAGCUGAUAUGGAUAUAGUAUCAUCAUCAUCAUCGUCGAAUAAUUCUUCACAAAAUGCAUCUGGGAAUUCAUCAAUUUUAUCACCAUCUUCACCAAAUUUAUCUGGUUCUUCUAUACCAUCAGGAGCUUUAUCACCAACAUUGGGGUCAAAAGGAGGUCUAAAGCGUCCUUUAGAGAGUAAUGGCAAUUCAAAUUCAAUCAUUAACAGACCUCCUUUUAAUAAAAGAAAACCGGGUCCAAUUCCCAAAGACUUCACAGUUAGGAGACCUCAAUACUCGUCUAGAUCACCAUCUCCAUCACCGUUACCGUGGUCUUCUUUUGAACCAAAAUCUCCACUAUCUGCGAUGGAAUUGGCACCUGAAUUCCCUGGUUCUCCAGUGCCAGUUAUUCCUCCUAUGUUUAAUUUAACACCAGCAUCAACUGAUAAAUUAACUAAUGGUAUCGCUGAAAUGCCAACUAUUUCAACGCUUGAGUUACCUUCUGAAGUGAUAGAAAAUCAUUCUGAACCUCCUACUUUAAUGCCAAUGGUGCCGAAUAAUGUUCAAUCUAAAGUCGAAGUCAAACAUGGAAAUAUUGAUGUAAAAGUAGAACCUGAAAGCACUGAUGACAUUAAUGAUGAUAAUAUGAAUAGUUUUAAUGUUGAAAGUAAACAUGAAGGAAUAAGUAAUCAAGCUGAUGAAAAAGUUGAGAUUAAAGUAGAGAAAGUUAAACCAUUUACGAAAGCAGAAUUGGAAGAAAUUAAAAAACAUAAUUUAUCAAUCAGAAAUUUAAUACAUAAAGAAGUGAGGAAAAGAGGAAAUAAUUAUACAACUUUAUUUUCACAUAUUAAUCAAGUUAAGGGUACUUUAGACAUUCGAAUCGCCUUUGUACGUGAUAUUGUUAAAGAAUCAUUGCGAUUUAAACGACGAAAUUUAGCUAAACUUUUAGAAGAAUAUUUGUGUACAGUUCAGGAAGAUGGAUGGAUAGUUAAUAACUGUAAAAUUAAUCACAAUGGUGCGACGAAAAUGAAUUAAAGAAUUUUUUAAAGACUCGUUAUUAAGAUAAAAAAAAAUGGAGGAAAAUUAUUAAUUAUUUUUUUAAAAAUUCAAUUUAAUGUUUAAUAAGUAAAACAAAAAUAAAUAAUUUAUGAAUACAUUAUUAUUUUUAUGUUCUGUAUUGAUUGUAAAACAUACAUUUGGGCUAUAUUAAAUAAUUUUGUUUAAUUUAAAAGUAAUUAAAAGACAUAUUGAUGAUAUAUUAAAACAAAUUUUAAUUUA